AUGGCCCAAUUGAAUGAAAUUCGCGGUCGACUCGCCCUUAUCACCGGGGCUUCUGGAGGAAUUGGAGCGGCCUGCGCUCGCCAACUCGCCGAGAGAGGCGUCCACCUAGCAUUAACGUACUCCAGCAACCUCACCGCAAUCACAGCACUCAAAGAUGAACUCCAGAGCACAUCCCCAGAUCUCCGUAUAUCCAUCUACAAAGUCGACGUUGCCUCCGCGGAAGAAAUCCAGCACAUGUUCAUUCAAAUUGAUGCAUACCACGGUCAACGGCCAGACAUCCUCGUGUCCAACGCCGGGUACGGCAAACGCGUCCCCCAAGUAUGGGACAUCACACUCGAGGAAUUCGACUACACGAUAAACGUCAACCUCCGCGCAUCGUUUGUCCUCGUUAAAGGUGUCGUCGAGCACAUGCGGAAUCAGCGAUGGGGCCGGAUUAUCUUCAUGUCCUCGAUCGCGGCAUCUGGUGGUGGGAUCAAUGGUUGCCACUACGCCGCCUCCAAAGGCGGCAUGACAGGCAUGAUGAAGAACCUGGCUACGCGCCUUGCCGAGUUCAAUAUCAGCGUCAACGACGUCGCUCCGGCCAUGAUCGGGGACACCGGCAUGAUCCCCAACGCGCAGGCGAUUCCUGAGGUUGCGGCGGGGAUUCCUAUUGGCAGGCUGGGUGUUCCGGAAGAAGUUGCUAAUGUUGUGACUAUGCUCGCCACGACGGGAUACAUGACGGGGCAGAGCUUGUUGUUGGCUGGGGGAUUGAACUUCAGGGAGCUCCAGAUUGCCGCUACAGAUAUUUCUAUCCAACCUCAAAAUCAAGUCCAGUCUGAGCCGCAGCCGCUCGCCCAGGAAACAAUUAUCACCACUCCCUACCAACAGGAGCAGAGCAAACCAGGGCCCCUUGAGUAUUGCUGCCCCUUUUGUUCCACCGGGGUCUCCAUCAGGCCUCCUUGUGUUGCCAGGCUCAGACGCCACAUAUUUGAGAGUCACUUCCGUCAGUACAAUUACUAUUGCGCUGAGCCCAACUGCCCUGAUGCCAUUGCACGCAUUCCGUUCAAGAGGAAGGACGUAAUGGCUGAACACUACAAUGGAAAGCAUGGCAAGAGACUGUCCUCCGAAGAGUGGAAGCAAAUCCUACAAGAAGAACCUCAGCCAGAGAUUUGUGCGGUGUGCCAUGCUGCCGUUUCCUCAUGGGAUGAUUUCAGGAAAUGUGUUGACAAAUGUGUUCUCAUGCUGCUUCAAAAUGGCAUUGAUGAUAAUGCAGCAUUAUUGAGGACGUCGCACGCACAGGAAAGUGGACCUCAACCUCAUCUCAAGUCACACGGGUCCGGCUCACUUGUUGGGACAGGGUCGGAUUGCCCUCAUCUAUGCCCGUCCAAAGACGUAAUCAGUCAGAAGGAAAGCCAGAUUCAGGACCUUCGGAUGCAAUGCAUCUUGCUCGAACAGGAAAUCAAACGGCUUGCUGUGACACGGAUGGCGCGCGCCGCGACGGGGACUGACUCUUCCUGCGCAUUUGGGAUCGGGAAAGAAGAUUGA